AUGUUCGAUCUCAAGUCUUUCGUCCUCGUCGCGAGCUUUCUGGGCAUGUCCCUAGCCGGACCCCUUGACAAGCGUCAGGGUAACGGUGAUGGAUGCACGAUUUGCAUCGACAAUGCCAACGACUGUGGACAAAUGUACGGCGGCUGCUGGGACUUCUGCGCCACAGCCCGCCAGGACUUCCCCAUCCCGGCCUGCAACGGCGUCAGCGACAAGACGACUGUCUGCGAGUACUUCAAGAAUGAUUGUGGCAAGGUCUUUGGCACUUGCUAUCCCGCCGAAGGGCCCAUUCCGCUGAUUGCGGAUCCGGGCUGUGGCGAGGAGGGAAAUGUGAAGAGGGAGGAGACGUGUGAGUGGUUCACGAAUGCGUGUGGCAAGAAGUAUGGGGGGUGCUAUCCAGUCAAUGGGCCGAUUCCUAUGUUCGCGGAUCCAGGAUGCCCUUGA